AUGCAGCCAAUGAUGAGGGCAACAUUCUUGCUGGCCGCGCUCGCCGUGGCCUAUGCCGGCGCCGGCGCGCUCGCCGGCGAGCAGUGCGGGCGGCAGACCGGCGGCAUGCUGUGCCCGAGCAACAUGUACUGCUGCAGCCAGGACGGGCGCUGCGGCAUCGGCAAGGGGUACUGCGGCGAGGGCUGCCAGAGUGGCGCGUGCUCCCCCAACAGGAAGUGCGGCCACUUAGCCGGCGGCGCGACCUGCGACGCCAACCAGUGCUGCAGCCAGUACGGGUACUGCGGCUUCGGCGUCGAGUUCUGCGGCGAGGGCUGCCAGGCGGGGGCGUGCCGCGCGAACCGGACCUGCGGCAGCCAGGCCGGCGGUCGGCCCUGCCCCGACAACCUGUGCUGCAGCGUGAACGGGUACUGCGGCCUCGGGCUCGAGUACUGCGGCGACGGCUGCCAGAGCGGCGCCUGCUCCGCCGAUUGGCAGUGCGGCGGGCGGGCCGACGACGGCGCGGCGUGCGCCAACAACUACUGCUGCAGCAAGUACGGGUACUGCGGCCUCGGUGACGACUUCUGCGGCGCCGGCUGCCAGAGCGGCGCGUGCUCCUCUGGCGCUGCCGUGCAGGGGCUCGAGCUCGUCGUCAACCAGACCGCUGCUUCCUCAGGCGGUGAAGCCAUCGCGCACUAG